CAGUAAAUCUAUGCCACUCCUUGCCCAAUCACGACUAUAAAUAGGACCCAUGUCCAGCUGCUUUGCUUCACACCAUCACUCACUAGCACUGGAUGCAACACAUUGCACUGCAGCGCGCGCACACCAUGGAUGUACUCCUGUCACUCGUCUCGCUUCUUCUGAUUACUGGAGGAGGCAGUCCUCAUGUGAGCUUCGCCAAUGCGGCCACGACGAACUCGGUGACGCCGAGGGCGUACUGGGAGGCGGUGCUUCCCGGAACUCCAAUUCCCCCAGCCGUCAGCGACAUGUUAGUCCAACAAGAAGUGCGUGCCUCUCUAGACGAUAUUGAUCUCAAAUUUGUCAAAGGACUACGAAAAAUCGGACCAUAUUAUAAGAAACUCAAGUCAGAAGCUGAUCAAGGGGAAGAACAUAGUCAUACUGCAUCACAAGCUGAACAUAAGUUAAAGGAGGACUCUUUGUCGUAUGGAUCAAAAGGUGGAGACAAUUUAAAGGAGGUCUCUGUGUCAUAUGGGGCAAAAGUUGGAGAGAGACCGGAAAAAGUCUCGGUGUCUUAUGGGGUAGGUGCCAAAGAUGUUCCAAAGAGAGACUUCGUGGCACAAGAAGAUGUGAAGGAGGUUUCUCUGUCAUAUGAAUCAAAAGGUGAAAAUAAUUUAAAAGAAGUAUCUGUGUCACAUGGAUCAAAAGAUAGAGACUUUGUGGCACAAGAAGGAGAUCUAAAAGAAGUCUCAGUGUCAUAUGGGUUAGAUGAAGGGAAAAAUGAACAUAUUGAAGUCUUGAAUCAAGGUGAAGAUGAUCCACAUAGAGUCACAAUGUCAUACAGGCCAGAACAAGAAGAUGAUCCCAAUAAAGCUACAAUGACAUACAGGGCAGAACAAGAAGAUGAUCCCAAUAAAGUUACAAUGUCAUAUAGGUCAGAACAAGAGGAAGAUCCACAUAAAGUCACAAUGUCAUAUGGGUCGGAACAAGAAGAUGAUCCCAAUAAAGUUACAAUGACAUAUAGGUCAGAACAAGAAGAAGAUCCACAUAAAGUUACGAUGUCAUAUGGGUCGCAACAAGAAGAUGAUCCCAAUAAAGCUACGAUGACAUAUAUGUCAGAACAACAAGAAGAUCCACAUAAAGUUACAAUGUCAUACGGGUCAAACCAUGCAGAGUAUACAAAUAAACUUACAAUGACAUAUGGGUCAAAAGAUGAAGUGGAUCCAAACAAAGCUACAAUGUCAUAUAGGUCGGAACAUGAAAAUGACCUAAAGACCGUUUCUACGGGGCAUAUGGCACACAUAGAAGCAACAGGAAAGGCGAGCCACCAUGUUCACUCUCAUAGCCACAUGAACAAAAGACAGGCGGAUGUUUUCUUCUUCCGCGACAUGCUGCGGCCAGGGUCAAUGAUCACCCCGACCAUCCCGCCGACCAACUCCUUGCCGACGCUUCUUCCCCGCCACGUCGCCGACUCCCUUCCAUUCUCCAUCGAGCGCUUCCCGGACAUCGUCGCGAUGUUUGCGCCAACGUCCCUUGGGAUGAUUAGAGACAUUCGGUGGACGCUGGACACCUGUGAGCACCCACGGACGCUCCCCGGCGAAAAAGCAGGAUGCGCCACCUCCCUCGAGUCCCUCGGCGAGCUCACGACGUCCCUUCUCGGAACGUCCAACGUCCGUGCGUUCUCCGCCGCCAAGCUUCCCGUGGAAGCCCCGGGCACACCGGCGCUGCGGGGGAGGUACAACGUGACGGCUGCCCGAAGGCUCUCCAAGUCAUCGGAGAUCGUGACCUGCCACGACUUGACGUACCCGUAUGCGGUGUACUACUGCCACACAUCCAACCCCACCGCCGCGUACGCGGUGACGCUGGCGAGCGUGGAUGGGGGCGCGGCGCCGGCGACAAUGGAGGCGUUGGCCGUGUGCCACCUCGACACGUCGCAAUGGAGCCUGAAGCACCCGUUCUUUGCGCUGCACAACGUCAAGCCAGGGGAUGUCGCUGUGUGCCACUUCCUCACCAAGCUAAGCGUGGUGUGGGUGCAGGCCGGCGAGCCCGGAAACGCACAUGCGGCGGCCCGGUAGGCUGGAAAACACGUGUGUGUAGGUAUGUGUGAGAUGCGGCGCAUUCAUGAAAUGGACGAUUCUAGGUGCAUGUAUCGAGGUUGUACUAAAUAAAUGUGUGCUUGUUGUGUCUUGGUGACGUUGAUGUUAAUUAUGGGGUCACCUUCCAUUUAAAGACACUCACAAUGCAUUAUUAUCUUAAGUUA